UUAAGAAAAGCCUUCAUUCUGAUAGCAGAUCGCGAUUCACGGAGUCGGUGAACUCGUAAAACUCGUGGCCGGGUGACCAAAAACGACCGGCGAGUGUCACGGGACCGGACAAGGGGGAGAAGACCCGGAAAAAAGAAAGAAAGACAGAGAAGAGAAGAAAAGAAAAGAAAAGAAAGGCCGAAUAAACGGAUCGAGAGGCGCCGCUUUCAAUCAGGAUAAAAUUCGCUCGAUGCUCGACGACGAAGGGAAUCGGACGAGCGCGGUUGUUGGUGAUCGUCGAAGGGUGCAGGGAGUGCAGUUUCCAACUAACGUCCCUCUAACAGAGAUCUCGAGAGAUCGAACGCCCAGUGGAUCCUGCUGAUCUGAGCCAAAGGCGAACGAGCCAUCAUGAAGAGGAUCUCGCUGGUUUUAUCGGCCCUCGUGUUUGCGGCAUCCGUCGCGGCGCUGCCACUCCGGGACACCCCGAACGUUCGAUUGUUUCCUCGGGACAAGGACGCGGCUCCUCCAGUUUCCACGGAAACAGGGAUUGUCACCGGCAAGGACGCGACGAAUCAGUGGACAAAAAAGCAAUCAGAGAAGACCGACAGUGGAACGAAAGAGUCUUCGAAAUCCUCGUUACCAGCCUCGAUUCAGGAUAAUAAUCGGGCGGGGGGCAAGGACGUUGAGGACUCGUUGAAACGCAUCAGCGAAGCGAGGGACGACAAAACGGGCAAGAAGAAUCGAAGGCAUAAAGCCAUUUUCGUCGAUUACCCGCUCGUACCGCAACUUCCAUUCUCAAACGACAUCGUCCCUUACGACAUCGAUUACCCUAACAACAACUUCGACGCGGAGGAGACGAGGACGGUGGCGGACUCGAACAACUUGGAGGAAAGUAACAUCUUCUACAUCAGGCUACCGCCCACGCCGUACAUGUUCGUACCCGGAUUGGGUUACAUCUCGCAACCGCCCACCUAUUCGACUACCAGCCUUCAACCUUUCGUACAAGCGUACAAGAGACCCGGAAGGCCGAAACCCGCGUACCACCAAUCCGUUAAGCAUCCGUUCAUCAAACUGCCCAUCGAUUUCGUGAGCAACGGCAAGCCGACGUCGGUCUACCAUUGGCACAAGAAGACGAACAAGAAACCGACCGACACCCCGAUCACCAAUCUCGACGGUCUCUCCGCGGAUUUCGUGACCAAUGGGAAACCGACCGCCAUUUAUCAGUGGCAGAGCAACGUGGAACCGACCGACAAACCCACCGACCACGAUUUGGUCCACACGCUGGACAAAGGCCCGUACGAGUUCAACGGCAAGCCGACCAGUUUCUUUCUGCUGAAACCGGAUGGAACCACCGCGGCGCGUCACCCUUUCCGCUAUUCCGAUUACCAGGAUAAUUCCUAUUAUUGAACACGCGCCAAGGAGCUCGUUGCUGCCUCGAAAACGAACCGUCAUUUCCUCGAAUCGUUAAAGAAAGAAAGGAAGGAAGGAAGGAAGGAAGGAAGAAAAAUCGGCAGGUUGAUUGCGGGACUCGAUGGAAUUCUCGAAUCCAUCGUCGGCGGCGAGCCGAGAAGAGAUGAGAGGGCACGGCUCGAUCAGCAUGCACGAGAAACGUGAAACGAGGCAAGGAAUCGAUCGAUUCGCGAUUCUCGUUCGAAUCGUAACUACGUACGUAUGGUGGUACGAGGCGAAUAACGAGCGGAUGCCAGGAUACGCAUACGCGAUUGCUUAGAAAUUGCAUAACCGUGCGAGCUUAAAGGCGGGCUUCGAAACAAUCGGCCGCCGAUUCGUAUCGCGUUGCAUUUACAUCUAAAAGUAUGGGUUAUUACUACGGAUGAUUAUAAAGGAACUGUUCUCCGCGAGGCGGGCAAUUGUUUGAAAAGUUUCAUCGAUGAUCGACGUCUCGGGUAACACCGUCUCUUUGUCAGAGAUAUAUGUUUCUUUUCUUUUUCAGUUGGUACGAUACCUUCGAGUUCGAUAUCUCGGCGAGGAGAAACGCACGGGCGGAAGUUAGAAAUAAGUUUGAUCUUAAGAAGAAAUAAGAAUAAGAAAAAUGUCACUGGUGGAUGAUCGAUUAAGAAGAAUGGUUAAAAGAAUGGAGAUAAGAAUGGGAACGGAAAACAACGAGUUUCCGUUUCUGCACGCUCGAAGUACAUUUUUGAUUUCUACUUGGCAUUAAUUCACCGAGCUGGCUUCGCGUAAUUAAGACAUGUCGCUACGACUAAUUAUUACGACGGGGAGUACUUAAUCUCGAACAGACGUAUAUAUAUCUACAAUUAUUCUUUUUAACUGUAUAGUUACUAUUUAUAAGUCUAUUUAUACGUCAAUUAAUUAAAAACGUGCGUAUAUAUAUAUAUAUACACACACAUAGCCAGGCUGAUCGUGCAAAAGAAAUCACGACGAUCAUUUGCUCAAACGUAAUUUAAGCGUUGCGUUAAUCGAUUUCUUUUUUUUUUUUUUUUCAUAUUCGAACGAAAUCCACGAUUAUUUUUUAAUACUGUCACGCUAUGUACUUAAUGACGUAUAUUUAUUUGUAAAGUUCGUAUUUUCGUUAUCGAGAGAACUUUUUAUACAUAUAUAUAUUGAUUUAUCUUUUAAUUUUGUAAAUACGUGAAAAAUACACGAAACCUCGAAUCGAUAACUUUCCCAUCUUUCACUCCGAGAGAAACCGGAAUUUUCACGUUCUUCUGGGACAUCCUUGCCAGUCGCACCCCGAUUGCGUCCACAAGAAAACGUGUUCCAUAUGUUUCCCCCCUCCUCUCACGUAACACAAAUAUUGACUCGGGACGCGAGUCUGCUCGGGAUUAUAUCCUGUCUGGUUAUACGGGAAUACCUCGCGAUCUAUGCGCUACUUGCUUCAAAGAGAUUGAAUUCAAAGAUCGCGAUAACACCGACGCCAGACAUCCAGGAAAAGCCAGGUUUAAAUGGAAUUUCAAUUCAACCUCGCGAUUCCCUCGGCGAUAUACGGCGAAGGGAAUACGUUGGUGAAAUAAAUUUCCUAUUUGCUUCUUAUUCUUCCCAAAGAAUAUGCGAGAGAAAAAUAAAUCGCCGAUUUUAUAUCGAAAUAUAAACGAUUUAUCUUGAUUCGAAGCAUCCCCAUGUUCGUUCGAUACGAUAUCGAACGAUGGAUAAGACAAAUUUCAAUCUUUUUCUUUUUAGAAACGAGCGACGAGCGUUAAACAACGCUAGACAGAGAUUAAUCCUUGUCACGAAUUACAAACACGGCGGUUGAAGGGCCUGAAAAAAAAAAAAGAAGAGAAAAAA